CCUGCCACUAACAUAAUACGUCUUCUAACCAGUCCUUUGUGAUACCGAGGCAGCCCAUAACUCCAUGAUGUGAUGUGAUUUAAUAGUCUACAUGAAGAAUAUCUGAAAUGAAUAAAAGUGAUGGGGAAGAUCUGUGCUACUGGUACCUGAUAGUGUCACAACAGUGCUCGUGUGAAGAAACUGUUUUCCUUCCAGUAGUAAUUGUUAGCAAUGACAUCUGGGGGAUAACGAGACUACCUCCAGUCUGUAUAUUUAAGUGUUGCUCAUGAUAUGCCACGUAGCUUUAAAGCAUAGAUGUUGGCCACACCUGCUAACUCAGGGUUUCUGUUCCUUCUAGUUUGUGCUCCCAUCUAUCCAUUUAUUUCUAUGAUGUCAAGCCAUGGGGCUUAAGAAAGGAAAUCAAACACCCUGCUUGGAAAUGUGAACAGCAGUGUGGGGGGCAGUCUGUAGAAAAGUUGCAGCAGACUUCAGCUUUCACAGGUUUGCAACUUAAUGCAGCAAAUCACUUUAAAACUUGAUAUAGAAUAAUUUUAAAAUCUGUACACAUUCAAAGGCAUUAGUUUCUAAAAUAGUAACGUACAGAAAGAAUUAAUCGUGCACUGUCAUUAACAUGGCUACGUCAGACAGUAGAUAAGGUCAAGCGAUUUUGUUUCACAUGGUGAAAUGAAUAUAUAGCCCAGCACAGCUGUGAAUGCAAGACCAUGUGUACAUUGGUAAGGAGAACAUUAUGCCUGUAAAUUAACAAUACAGCUUAUUGCUGCGAUGAGCAGUUUUUUUCCCUGUCACCUGAGACUCAUGUAAAGAGUAAUAUCCUGUGUAAAUACAGCCUACCAGAGUAAUUAUAGAACAGUUAAUCUGAGCCCUUUGUCACCUCCCCACCUGAAAACAAUGCUUCUGUCCUUCAGCAGCCUAAUGAAAGUUGCUAGUUUUCCAGUGUUUAAAGUCAGGUGGAAAACAUGCUGGUGAACAUCUUUUGUAAAGACACCAACCAUGUGUGCUCUCCUGGUAUGGUUUCCCUUCGGUAAAUCCAUGCAAGUGUAUGUGUUUGUUGAAACCUGUCAAAAGGUGUUUACUGUCCUGUUGAAAUUAAUACCUUCUGGCUAAACAGGCUUUUUGGAUUUAUUCCGUGUAUUUAUAUGGGAGCAGCCACUGACCAGGUUUGAUGGUGGGGGUUUUCACAAGCAGGCAGGAGUUGUUCUGUUCAGGUGCUAGAGUACUGCAGCCUCACCUCCAACACCCUUCCUACCUGGCAAGGAACAUCUCUGAGAACAGAAGUAAAUUGAUGUUAAGCUUAUCAGCUUUCAGCUGUAAGUUGAGAAAAGCAACUGAAGUUUCUUUCCUAGAAGCAGAAGUAACAAAGCACACAAAAUAACACAGCGUGGACAAGCAGUUCAAGCAAAUGAAUGGGGUGUUUGCUACUGGUUGGCCACGAGGAGGGGCGGUGUGCUUGUGCUGGGUGAAUGACAACUGGGGAACAGAGACAGAAACUGUUCCUACUCUGCUGCAUGGGAUCUGAUUGCCGUGUACGUGCCUGGAUACUCCAAGAGACAGACACACAAUGCUUUUCGAAUUGGCGCUCUGCAGACUGUCUCAUCCCCAUCUUCUGCUUUUUACUUGCACAGUGGAAAAUCUUUGUGGUAUUUUUCAGUUGAACUCCUCCACAUAUUUUGCCCAUUCUUUAUAUCUUUCUACAAUUGCUUAUCAGCUGAGCUGCUUUACUUAUGCAGAAACUUUGUGCCAAUAGGGGAAGGUCAAGCCUGAGAAGGAAGUGGCCUUACACAUGCUUUGGAUCUACUGGUUGCUCAAUGCCUAUCAUGAUUUGGUGUAAGUACCUUUGCCUGUGUAUUUACUCUCUGCUCUAAUCUUUGCAUGGAUUUUCUUGGCUUGACAAAUAUGAUUCAGUGGAUUAACAACUGUUACUAUUUCACCCUGUCAGAAUGCCAUAAAUCAAUGCUAUAAAGUCGUAGGGAGAAGCAUUUUAAGGUCUGGCUCAGCAGCGUGCUGCCGUUGGCAGAACAGGAGCAGCCUGGCACUGGGAGGCUCCUCUUCCUCCAUGCGUGCAGCUUCCUGCUUACUGAAAGAUGGCAGCAAUUGGAGUAGCACUGUCCUGUUCCUGUCUCCGUCCUGGCGUAUGGCUGCUGAAACCAGGAGCACAGAAGAUGAGCUCCCUUGGUUUACAUACUGCUGCCAGGUGUGCUGCCAAGGAUUAUUAUGAAGUACUUGUUCUGGGUGGAGGCUCUGGUGGAAUCACCAUGAGCGCUCGGAUGAAGAGGAAAGUGGGGGCAGAAAAUGUGGCUGUUGUUGAACCAAGUAAGACUCAUUACUAUCAGCCAUUGUGGACCCUGGUUGGUGCUGGUGCAAAGCAGCUGGAAAUGUCUGCACGUCCAACAGAAAAUGUAAUGCCUAAAGGUGUUGAGUGGAUUAAGUCUCGAGUUAUGGCACUGGAUCCAGAUAAGAAUUGCAUCAGGCUAGAGAAUGAUGUCAAGAUAUCUUACAAGUAUCUGAUAAUUGCCCUUGGGAUUAGUCUGCAUUACGAAAAGAUCAAAGGCUUGCCUGAGGGUUUUCAUCACCCUAAAAUAGGUUCCAAUUAUUCAGUUCAUACGGUAGAGAAAACAUGGAAAGCUUUGCAAGACUUCAAGGAAGGAAAUGCUAUCUUCACUUUCCCAAACACUCCAGUGAAAUGUGCAGGGGCUCCUCAGAAAAUCAUGUAUUUAUCGGAGGCCUACUUGAGGAAAACAGAAAAACGACCCAAAGCAAACAUACUGUUCAACACUUCACUCGGUGUCAUAUUUGGUGUUAAGAAGUAUGCUGAUGCGUUGACAGAAAUAAUAAAGGAGAGGAAUAUUACUGUUAACUAUAAGCGGAACCUUGUUGAAGUUCGACCAGACAAGCAGGAAGCUGUGUUUGAAAACCUGGACAAACCUGGAGUGACUGAAGUUCAUCAGUAUGAAAUGCUUCAUGUCACGCCUCCAAUGGGGCCACCUGAUGUACUCAUCAACAGCCCUGUCUCGGAUGAAAUUGGCUGGGUAGAUGUAAAUAAGGAAACUCUACAACAUAAAAAGUAUCCUAAUGUUUUUGGUAUUGGAGACUGCACCAACCUGCCAACGUCAAAAACUGCUGCAGCUGUAGCUGCCCAGUCUGGAGUGCUUGAUAAAACCAUUUCCCUGGUAAUGAAAAACCAGUUGCCAACUAAAAAGUAUGAUGGAUAUACGUCCUGCCCACUAGUAACAAGCUAUAACAAGGUCAUUCUAGCAGAGUUUGACUACAAUGCUCAGCCUUUGGAGACCUUUCCCAUUGACCAGAGUAAGGAGAGGAUGACUAUGUACCAUAUGAAAGCUGAUAUGAUGCCCUUUCUCUAUUGGAAUGCACUACUCAAGGGAUACUGGGGAGGACCAGCUCCUAUCAGGAAACUAAUGCAUCUGGGUUUGAAGUAAAGAUCACAGCCAAAGCUCUUGAAACAAGAGGACCGGCAUGAGUAUGCAUACUCCCUCUUGGACAACCACUUAAUAGACUGACUUCUUAAAAUGAAGCUUUUAUCCCAAAAUUUACUUUCUAUCUACUUUACUAUCUCUAUCUAUAGCCUUACUAUACCCUCAGUACUCUUCUAUGUAAACCAAAGCCUUAAACUAAUUCCGUAUGUACACUGGAGGUUGAAGUUAAGUUACGAGCUACUGAAAUUUUCUACAGCAAUCAUUGACCAUAAACUUAUAUAAUGGAAUAGGUUUUCAGUGACUCUACAUGCUAGUAAAAGUCUGAAAACCACCUCGUUCUCUCAUUUUUGAGGAACCCCCUCAGUCCUAAUUUCUUCAGCAAAAAACACUGCAGAUGGACUGGCGCAGGUUAUUGAAAGGAAAAUAGAUCUUACUUUUCCAGACUUCUUAGACAUAUCACUAUAAACCCAGUAUUUUUGCUCUAAUAGGACUCAGCAUAGUUGCAUUAUUCAGCUUCUCUCUUACCCUGUCAAUUACAGGAACGUGUUUCUCCAACUAAAAAAGCCUCAUACACACUAAUUCCCCAUAUAAAGCUUUGUUUUAAAAAACCUGUGUCACAUAAAUAUGCAUUAUGUACA